GAGAUUAAACAAUCAGCAACACACUCGUUAUAUAGACACGUGUGUCAAAAGUUUGAUUUAAUAAAAAUAUUUUGUGAAACAGCAAACAAUAGAUCAUGGGCAAUGAGCUUAAAUCAUUUAAUGUUUUACAAACGUGCUUUAAAUCUGAAGAAGUUAAAUAGAAAUUGAAACAUGAAAGUUGGAUUUUAGACGUAAUUAUCGUUUUAAAUACGUGUAUUUUAUUGUUCUUGAUCUGUGCUUGAUAAAGAUUAGAUAAAGUCAAAAACUAAAAUCCGGAAACAAUGGAGAUUUCUCGGCUUUUGACCCUGAAACUGUUGUGCCUCUUUAUUGGAUGUCUCGCUAAAUUCACCACUGGAUCCUUGUUUGUGUUUAACGUCUACCAGAACGCCAUUAAAGACACGUUCAACUACACACAACAGGAAGUUGAGCUAAUGUCUUCCAUGUUGAACAUGGGGCUAGGCAUUGGGUUCCUGCCUGGAAUGUUCUUUGACAGGUUUGGGCCUCAGCUGACGUCAUUCGUUGGGCUUCUGGUGUCCGUGUCCGCAUAUAUGCUGAUAUGGAGCACCACCCGUUACGUCCAUUUCUACUCCUCCAAUGCUUGGUUGAUGGCAAUAUAUUUCUUCAUCUGUGGGCUUGGUUCUGUGUUUACCUAUAUGGUUGCCCUGAACACCAACGUGAUAAAUUUCAAUCCGAAAUACAGCGGAAUGAUCGUCGGAAUCCUGAACGCUUUCUUCGCUGGUUCUCCUUCAAUCUACGCUACCAUAUACUACAACGUUUUCACUCAUGGCGAUUCCACCGUCACUUCUAACCAGGACUACCCCGGUUUCAUGCUGAUGUUCGCCAUAUCGUUCGCGGUUGUGGACAUUCUGUGCAUCAUUUUCAUGAAGUUAUACCCGGACGAAAACCCGCUGUUUGAAAGGUUCGAUCAAGAGUCAUCAAACGAUGUUGUUGGUGUCGAAGAGCACACCACAAUCGACCCUCACCACGAGGUAUUCAACUUUAAGAAUGGUACCAGUAUUAACAGCAACGUAUCGCCACCAUCACCAGCUGUAAAUCCAUUAGCAGAGAGAGAAAUGUCUCUGACGGAAAUUCUAAUGACCUUUGACUAUCAGAUUUUAAUUUGGAUGAUAGGCUUUGCUUCUGCAAUCGGGCUAGUUUAUGCCAACAAUAUCACGGUGAUCAGUAAGUCUGUUAAAUUGGACCACCAUGACAAUGUUUUAACGAUCAUUAUUCCGAUAACUAAUGCCGUUGUAAGCGCUGCCGUUGGAAUAUUUUCCGAUUACUUCAAAGACAGAUUACCAAGAACGUGGAUUCUAAUUGCUUGCUGUGUUUUCUUCACAUUAUCACAAGUCUUAGUUUUCAUUUUUGCAGACGUUUACGGGAUUUUAAUAUUGUCAUUAAUUCUUCUUGGAAUCGGCAUAGCCAUUUUAUGGACGAUAACACCAACCGUCGUCAAGGAGAAUUUUUACGUUGGUAAUCUAGGACGAAACUGGGGUAUCGCCAUUUUACUGGCGGCGCUAAUAGGCUUUGGUAUCCAAGAGGCCUUUGGUGCCAUCUACGACCAUAAAGCUACCGGGACUGUUGACCAGAAGGUGUGCUAUGGGAUGCAAUGCGUCCGAGGUGGCACUGCGGUGGUGAUUACUUGUGGGGGUAUUUCCAUAGCAUUGGGACUAAUAAUGCAGUUGAAACAAAGAUGCUGUAAAAGAAAUUGACUACCAUACAUAUGUUGCCAAUUGGGAUUACGCACAUACUAAAUUAUUAUUAAGAUAAAUGAAUACGUCGAGAGAUUAAAGACCAAUAGCUUCAUAAUCAAUGAUGCAAUUUGCAUACAACUAUUUAACGUUAAAAACGUUAAUUAUCAAGUUCACUAAACUGUCGUGAAUUAUCAAGUUUACAAAACUUUUCGGUUUAUUUAUUUAGGCAUUAAACAAAGCUAAUUAUUUAAAUUUAUUUUAUGCUUUCCGGUGGUUUAUAGAGAAAU